AUGUACCGAACACCUCACUCACCGGCCUGGCCCCAAGUGCCCAAAGUCGCACCCAUAACCAGCUCUAGCCAGCAUCACCUCACUAGCACAAUGGGUUGGUUCGACGGUAAAUCCAGCGCAGUUUCGUCAGCGGGAUACGUGCGACGACGGGCAUCACCCACGCCCAGCUCGCACAGCACGCAUAGCAGACGCAGCAAAUCCGGCUACUCCACCCACCAUUCGCGACACUCUGCACCAUCUUUCUUUGGUGCGUUAGGUGGAGGUCGAUCAAGAGGCCGAUCAAGCCCGUCUGUGUUCUCGUCGUUCUCAUCUUCGUCGCGACGAGCCCGUCCCCGUGAGGGAUUCGUGCAGCGGAUGAUCCGCGACAUCAAGCGUUUGUUCCGUGAUAUCUAUCGCUGGGCCCGACGCAACCCUAUGAAGGUCUUUAUGAUGGUUAUCGUGCCACUCCUGACCAGCGGUGUUCUGCCGAAGCUGCUUGCUAUGAUUGGGAUUCGCUUGCCGCAUGCUGUUACAAGUGCCCUUGGUGGUGCGUCGAAGACCGGUGGUGGUUUCGAGGGUGGUGGUAGGGGUAUGUCGGAGAACAUUGGCAGCCUGAUGAACAUUGCAAAGAUGUUUGCAUAG